GCAGGGAGGGAGCGAGCGACAGAAAAAAGGGAGGAGCCGCUGGGAUUCGUGACGUCAGCCUGGAAUGAGGGAGUGAAUGUUCCGGGUCAGAAACUGGACUAAGAGGAAAUAAACUCCGGGAUCAGAAAAACACGAAAUAGAUAUGUAACCGCUUACAAAGAAAGACACGGGACACUUCUCAGCCUUGCAAUAAAAAAAGAUGUUGCGAGAAAGGUGAAAAAGCGGAAGGAAAAACUCCAGGGAUCAAAGCAGAAGUGGAGCGCGACGUUUUUAUUCCAUGUUUCAGUGCGCGAUACAUUUGCGUUGGAGAUCGAUAGAUUUGUAUCCGACACCAGUUGCUUUGGCGCUCUUUCGCCGUUCCUAGUUUCUCCCGCUUGUUUGUUUUAGUUUGGAUUGCUGUGGUAACUUUUCCCGCAGUACGGAUUUAUCUAGGGUUAGGAUCACCAUCCCGUGAUGUUUCACUGUAUCCCCCUGUGGCGGUGCAACCGUCACAUCGAGUCGAUCGAUAAGCGCCACUGCUCGCUGCUCUUCGUCCCGGAUGAGAUCUAUCGCUGCAGAGCGAGUUUGGAAGAGCUUUUACUGGACGCCAACCAGCUCCGGGAUUUGCCCAAGCCAUUUUUCAAUUUGACUAAGCUGAGAAAACUUGGCCUAAGUGACAAUGAGAUCCAGCGGCUGCCGGGAGAUAUAGCUAACUUCAACCAGCUUGUAGAGCUAGACAUCUCUCGAAAUGAUAUUAUGGAACUCCCAGAAAGCAUUUCAUAUUGUAAAACCCUCCAAGUAGCAGAUUUUAGUGGAAAUCCUUUGACAAGGUGCGCACAUGUGCUUUCUCUGCCUCAGGAACUGGGGAGUAUGAGAAGCCUUACGUGUCUGGAUGUAUCCGAGAACAAGUUAGAGCACCUGCCAGAGGAGAUGGGGAACCUCCUCUCCCUCACUGACCUCCUGGUGUCCCAGAACCUCAUAGACAUGCUGCCGGAGGGCUUAGGAAAAUUAAGACGGCUUUCAAUAUUGAAAGCAGAUCAAAACCGAUUAGUUCACCUGCCGGAGAGCAUUGGCAACUGUGAAAGCCUGACAGAACUAGUGCUGACAGAAAACCAGCUGGUGAGUUUGCCAAGAAGUAUUGGAAAACUAAAGAAACUGUCCAACUUCAACUGUGAUAGGAAUCUACUAAUGUCUUUACCAAAAGAGAUUGGCGGCUGCUGCAGUCUGAAUGUUCUGUGUGUGAGAGAGAACCGUCUGACACGCAUCCCUCCCGAGCUCUCGCAGGCUACAGAGCUGCACGUGCUCGACGUGUCUGGAAACAGGCUGCUCUACCUGCCCUUGACCCUGACCUCUCUACGACUCAAAGCUCUCUGGCUGUCAGAGAACCAGUCUCAACCACUGCUCACCUUCCAGACGGAUGUGGACCCCGAGUCUGGAGACAAGGUCCUGACCUGUGUACUGUUGCCUCAGCAGCCCUGUGAAUCGGAAAACAAAGGUUCUGAUAACCUCGCCCGCUGUGGUGCUCUGGAGAGUCUGGUGGAGAGCAGCGUGCUGGAUGACACCUGGGACGACAAAGCCCCAAACAGAAUGAGCACCAUUCGUUUCAUGGAGGACGAUGAGGAUGAGGAUGACGAAGAGAGAACACUGUUGCGGCGGGCCACGCCACACCCCGGCGAGCUGAAGAACAUGAAGAAGGUGGCCGAGAGCAUCCGAAAGGACAUGAACGCCGCCAAAGGCCUGGAUUCCAACAAAAACGAGGUCAAUAACGCUGUGGACCGAGUGACCACGUCUGUGUGACCGCUUUUACUCCGAGAUGUCUCUUACCCAGUGUGUCUCUCCCUGAAGCCCCCGCAGAGCCAUUCCUCAGUUUUCUGAUCACCCUUUUGCUGUCCUGGGACCACCAGAGCCCUUUUUCCAGCCCUGCUAACUUCAUCUGCUCCUGCCCUGUGUCAGGGACGAGUCCUCACCACACGGUGCCUUCUUUUCUAAAGACCUCCAGAGCAAUAACCUGCAAGGGAAUGCACAUUUUUACCAGUGCUUUUCUUUGACACACAAAAUAAGUCUUAGCAUCAAUCUGUCGGAAUCUUUAAUAUAGAAAUACGAACUAUAUGCUCUAUUUUUUUAUACACUGGGUGCAUUUCUUUCUUUUGGUGAUACAUGGAGCCCAGGCAUUUUUGGACCUGCUGAUUUUAAAAAUGAUUGAAUAGUUGCUUGUGAAUAUUGACACUUAUAUAUGUGUGGCAGCUCAGGUGGUGUGAUUUUUAAAAACAACAGCAACAAAAAAGAUGUGUAGCCAGUUUCUUAAUCAGUGAACUUUCCCAUCACUUGGACUUCAUUUCAGGAUUCAAAAGCAUUCGAACAAAGUGGCAGAUUUUUUUGUCAUACAUGGUUAAUUCUUAUCUGAACAUGAGGGGGCAGCUUUGUAUUUCAUUGUCAGGCUUCUUCAUAACCCAUGCAGUUUUCAUUGUGUGUAAAGGACAUGUUAAUAAAAGGGCUAAUGCGGUUAGGGACCAUGAGCUGAAACACUCCGACAUGUGGACUGAAGAGAGUUAAUGCUGUCCGACAGACCGGCACUGUGCUUUACUACGCUAAAAUUAAUUUAGUAACCUGACUUCUGCUGCAGUUCAAAUGUGCUUCCAGAUUUUU